ACGCACUUUAUCUUCUAGACUUCUAGAGCGUAAUCAUUCUUUUAAUGAACAGUUUCAAUUUCUUGAUUUCUUCAUAUUCCAACCUAUUCAGUUUUGGAGACAAAGUGCAGACACAUAGUAAACUACAUCACUUGAGAAAUGCACCCUUCCAAAACAGCUGUAGUGACAUUAAGUUACAAUAAAUUUUGUGGAAGUAUUGAAAACGAAUGUUUUCAGUGUUUUAUUAUAUAAAAUGAAUCUCCAUCAGCUAUGGCUCUUGUAGCUUAUGACUAUGGCAGUAGUGAGGAAGAAGAAGAGGAAAAUAGUCCCAGUUCUGUGAUUAUUCCUAAAGAAACAGACACCCAAAAAACAAAUGGACAACAAAUAAGUGAACCUAACAGUACAAAUAUUUUAGAAGACAACAUUUCUGAUGAUGAAAUAGAUACAGAUGUAAUCACUACAAAAAAUGACCAAACAGGUUCAAAAAGCCUAUUUUCAGUCCUACCAGAAACUAAAACUGUAGCUAAGGAAAUUAUAGAAGAUAAAAUAGAAGAUUUUAUCCCAAAACCAUCUAUUCCACCAAAAAAAGAAAGACAAAAGGUCAAAAUAUCAAUUCCCUCCUUAUCUCAGUUUCAAGACGAUGAUGAACCAGAAGUCAAAAGAAUUAAACCUUCAAUGAAAGGUAGUGGUUUAAUCGGAUUACUACCUCCAGUUAAAGGCGCUGUUAAAUCGAAUAUAUCUUUCGUACCAAACGUUAUUGCUAACAAAAACAAACCCGUAGCAAGUAGUAGUACAAGUGCUUUAACGCCUAGUAGUGUAAAGAAGAAUGCUGAUCUCAAGAAAGCCGCCGUUUUGAAGAAACAAAAAGAAAAAGCCAAGAUAGUAUUAAGUGAUGCAGAAAGUGAUGACGAUUUAGAUGUACCAGAAACAUAUGAUGAUGAAAUGUGGGAAAAGGUAUGUGGUAGACCUAAACCAAAACCGGUUAUUCAAGUCGAGGAAGAACCACAACUAGAAGAAGUUAUCAACAUUGCUCCCGAACCUGCCAAACCUUACGAUGGUCUCGAUAAUCAAGCUUUCAAGGAGCUUAUUGGAAAAUCUAGGAGACCUAUAGGAAACAUUAAGUUAAUUGACAUAAACGAAGAGGAGAUAUUAGCGGAUAAGGAUCUUUGGAUGGCGAAGAGUCUUACAGAUCCUGAAAUGGCACCGAGGAGUGCCGUUGAAGAUCCUGUGGAUCCCACAAGGAGGAAGAAACACCACAUUACAUAUUUAGCACAACAAGCUAAGGCUAAUGAACAGGAAUUGCAGAGCCAAUGGGCUGCUAGCAAGAACAAUAAGUAUGCCAGUAGGGCAAAGUAUGGUUUUUAAGUUUAUAGGAACAUUUUUGUAAUUACUUUUGUAAAUAAACUUUUUUAAUUAAUA